AUCCCCUUGUUUUAGCUGUUUUGGCGUCAGUUGCCAGAGUAGACCUCUCACACACUACUCCAAGAACACACUCUAAUACAAUUAGAACUACAAUUUACUCGGGCUUGCUUUGUCUGUGUGUUUUUUGGGACAGUUGAAAAGAAACUUUAGUGAUUUACUUACUCGCUUAACCAAGAUUUUGGGGAAUUAGUGGAGAUGCAAACAAGAAAAAGAAUUUUGGAGGGUGAGGAUGAGCAGCAGCAGCAAGAGCGCAAGAGGCCUGCCUUAGCUAGUGUCAUAGUGGAAGCGCUGAAGGUUGAUAGUCUCCAGAAACUUUGCUCAUCCUUGGAGCCAAUUCUUCGGAGAGUUGUUAGUGAAGAAGUAGAACGUGCAUUGGCAAAGAUUGGUCCUGCAAGACUCGCUGGAAGGCCAUCAUCACCCAAACGAAUUGAAGGCCCUGAUGGGAGAAAUUUGCAGCUGCAUUUUAGGUCAAGACUUUCUUUACCCCUUUUUACCGGGGGUAAGGUUGAAGGAGAGCAGGGUGCUGCUGUACAUGUUGUUCUGAUUGAUGCCAAUACCGGCCAUGUUGUGACUUCUGGACCUGAAUCAUCUGUCAAGCUGGAUGUUAUAGUUCUCGAAGGUGACUUUAACACUGAAAAUGAUGAAAACUGGACUCAGGAAGAGUUUGAAAGCCAUGUUGUGAAAGAACGUGAGGGGAAAAGGCCUCUUUUGACUGGUGAUUUGCAAGUGACACUCAAGGAAGGUGUAGGAACUCUAGGAGAGCUUACUUUUACUGAUAAUUCAAGUUGGAUUAGAAGUAGGAAGUUUAGGCUUGGCCUAAAGGUUGCAUCAGGAUAUUGUGAGGGUAUUCGAGUACGUGAAGCGAAGACUGAGGCUUUCACUGUUAAAGAUCACCGAGGGGAAUUGUAUAAGAAGCACUAUCCACCCGCAUUGAAUGAUGAUGUAUGGAGAUUGGAGAAAAUUGGAAAGGACGGAUCAUUCCACAAAAGGUUGAAUAAUGCAGGGAUAUUUACUGUCGAGGAUUUUCUCCGGCUUGUGGUUAGAGACUCGGCGAAGCUACGGAAUAUUCUUGGCAGUGGCAUGUCAAAUAAAAUGUGGGAUGCACUCAUUGAGCAUGCAAAGACCUGUGUCUUGAGCGGAAAGCUUUAUGUCUACUAUUCUGAUGAUUCGAGAACCGUAGGCAUUGUGUUCAACAACAUCUAUGAACUUAGUGGUCUAAUUGCGAAUGAACAAUAUUAUCCAGCUGAUUCCUUAUCUGACAACCAAAAGGUAUAUGUUGAUGGAUUAGUUAAGAAGGCAUAUGAAAAUUGGAGCCAAGUCAUAGAGUAUGAUGGCAAAACUCUUCUGAACUUCAAGCAAAAUAAGAAACCAAAUGGACCCCGGAAUGAACUUCCUGUUGGACCUAUUGACUAUCCUAAUGCUUUGGAAAAUCAGCUUGGUGCUUCCCGAUUACCCAUGUCUGUUCAAUCGGAGCCAUCUUCAUUGGAUUCAAAUAUGUUUGCAGGUAUAUAUCCUUUUAUUCCAUAUUCCACUGCAGAAAGAAAAAUAAAUUUCAUCGUGCUUGAAUUGAGCACGGCUAGAUGAAAUGAAAAUAGUCUCCGUUAGGGUUUAAUUUUUGGUUGGGAGGGUUGUGGACAUAUGAACAUUGUCGCCUUGUUUUUAUUUUUGUCUUUGGGAAUGUUGAAGGUUUAAUUAUGUUUCUGUUCUGUGGAUGAACGGGCCUGUAUGGAACAGUAUAUGAAAGGAUUUGGUCGAUGUGCCUGUUGUUUUAUUUUGUUCUACUGCUCCUUGAGCGACACGGCCACACUUACCAUAAUUAUUGUAAAAACUUGAGAAGCAUCGUUGGUGGAAUUAUUUUGAGAAAUGAAAGAUUAAAGAUGACAGAAGAUGGUUAUUCCUCAUAAACUGGUGAAAUUUUUAUUCAUUCUGGACAGAGUACCUGCCUUGUAGAGUUUUAGGUUUAUUAAUCACUUUCAAUUAUAGAGGUUCUUGCAAGCUAACAAAAUAGAGUGGUCUGGAAAGACUUCAGAUUUUAAGGUAAACCAAGUGUAUGGAUGAUUGCUGGACCAAUUGACAUAGAAUUUCUGAAUCUGCCAUUUAUGAAGGGUUAUGUUCAUUCCAUCUACUUUCUGAUAUAAAGUGCAUCGAAAACUCCCCUUUAGUACUGGGUUUUAUGGUUUUCUUGGAAGUAGGAGAAAUGACAAGGAGAUAAAAUGUAAAACAGUUCCAACUGAGAUUUCUUUGUUUCCCUACGAAUUAGACUCUGAAAACUUAGUUUGUUAGGGUUUGUGAUCCCUUUGUAAGGUAGGUUUGUCAAAUUGUUCAUCUUAUCUUUGUCCCUUAAUUCUUGGCUGAAUUCAUCUUUGUCUGCAGUAUUAAACUUUAUCUUUGUCCCUCAAUUCUAGGUUCUGGCUACAAUGAUAGUAUGGGUACCAGAUAUGCCAGCCAGUCCCAGAUUCUCGGUUCAGAUAACCGUAGUCAAUUUGGGAGCUCUUCAUUUGGUGUUUCUGACCAAGUCAACAAUUCUCAUCAAAUCCAGCAAGUACGAUAUGAUGAUAGGGCAGCAUUGGCCCUUACUCCUCCUCAGUCUUCAUCAUUCCAGGCAGGUGGCUCUUCUGUCCAGCAGCCCAAUCUAAAUCUUUUCGAUGAUUGGUCCCAAACUCGUGACAAGGGUGUUGAGGACUUUUUGUCAGAGGAGGAAAUACGCAUGAGAAGCCACGAGAUGCUUGAGAAUGAAGAUAUGCAGCAGUUGCUUAGACUUUUCAGCAUGGGAGGCAAUGCUGGCGUCAAUAUGCCUGAUGAUGCUUACGGUUUUCCAAAUUACAUGCCGUCGCCAUCUCAAAAUUUCAGUUAUGAUGAGGACCGCACACGACCUGGGAAAGCCGUUGUUGGUUGGUUGAAAAUUAAGGCUGCCAUGAGGUGGGGCUUUUUCAUUAGGAAGAAAGCAGCUGAGAGGCGGGCACAGAUUGUCGAAUUGGAUGAUGAAUAGUAGGGCGAGUUUGAUCAUCAGCUAUCCCUUGUAAAGAUGCUGACCCUCAGCAACACAGGAGGAUGUAUUAGGGUUCGACUGUGCAGAAGUAGAUUCUCUCAUCAGGAAUCUCCAAAAGGCUAUUCAUAUUUCUGUAACAGACCUCAAUUUUAGUGUACAUUUUUCUUUGUACAGGGAUAAGUUUUUAUUUGACUUGAAUUUGACUCAGAUUGUUGCUGACACUAUGCUUUCAGUUUGUAAGAACUUCGGUUUGACAAGUAUCUGAUGUUUGUUAUCUUUCAGUUUGUUGCCCUUUCUGUCUUUUCAAGUGUUUGAUUGCGUUCCUAUCCAGAUGUUAGCAAGAAUGUCUUCUGUAAAAUGUGCAGAUCCUCUUACCCAGUAUAAUGGUGCUGCAAGGUUAUUGUAUUAAUGUCGGCUACAUUGACCUAAUCAUGCUUCUGAUCAAAGAUCAUGCUUCCUAUUCAGGACAAGACAGUUUUUAAAGCAGAAGAAACCAGGGCUUCAGUAUGUUUUUUGCCUGGAUAUUUUCAAAUUUGGCGCCUAUGCUUACAGCGGGAGAGUUUUGAGAUGAAUUAAUGGCACAAACUGACCCAUGAAAACGAUUGAAAAUCUUGAAGGGCUCUGAUUUUUUGCAAUAUUUGUCAUGGAUUUUACACUAUGGUUUAAGAUGAUAUGAAGGCUAAAACAUGUCAUAGUAACUUGGGGAGAGUUCAGCUCAGCCUUCCAGAAGUGAUUUACCUGGCUCAAAUUCAAACUAAUUAAUCUGGGUAAUAUUUUUGGACGUCGAGCUGGACAUGGAACAGUCCUAUCUUGCGGCCUGCUUAUCUACAGGAGAUGGUUUGGAACUUGAAAAGAUAAAUAGAAGAAGAAUUAAGAAACAAGCCUUGUGGAGAUUAGUGAUGGCUAUAAGCGUUGUCAAGAUGGACGGAACGGAGGAUAUUUUGUGGUGUGCAUUGGGGAUUAGUGAUGGCUAUACGGGACUUGUUGAAGAAAGAAUGGUUAGUUAAGUUGAAACAUAUAUACUGGGAGCUAAAUUUUGCUGCCCACUCAAUAGCUACCUUCGCAACGAGUAGCCCUAAUGGUUUAUUGUGCUAAAUGAUCUUCUGUCUGUUAUUCGAUACUGGUUAGAACAUGAUAUAGUUAGUGUGCCGUACUCGCAUUAAUAUGUUGUAAUAGUCUAGAAUUAAGAUAAG